GGCUGGAGUAGCCCAGUGAUGGCUACAGCAAACCUGCCUUGCCUGGGGAUUUGCAAAAGAAAAAGAAAUACAGCCCCACAGCAAGAAGUGAUGGAUUUUUAGGAAAUGUCGCUGGAGGAUGGGGACCCGGCGAGGCAGAGGGGACAGCGGGUCACCGGCCAGGUCAGCGGUACCCCCCACCCCGGGGGUCCCCACGGCACCGGGACGGAGGUGCCGGCAGAGGGAUGGAAACCGGGACCAGCGCUGGGUGACGGGAAGGUGACAGCCAAGGGGACAGGGCAGCGGGAGGAAGCGCUGAUGGCCGAACUCUCGGAGCUGGUGCAGAAGGUGGUGCAGAGCAGCAGCUGGUGGGACCGGCGCGGUGUGGACAUCAGCAUCCUCACCUGCAGCCUCCUCCUGCUCCCGGCAGGGUUCCUGUGCCUGCGGUCAGCCCAGGCCAUCCCUUUCCUGGUGGGUGUCCUCAUCCUUGGCGUGGUUCAUCACACUUUGACUGUGAAGGGCAGCCACCUAGCCAGCCACAAUGCCUUGACAGAGUCCAAGUCCUGGGGCAAAGUUUGGGCCAUCUUCUUCAUCGAGCUCUGCUCAGCUUUCACAGCUGAACAAGCCACCUACAACCACGUGAAGAUGCACCAUGGCUACACCAAUGUCAUUGGCCUGGGGGACUCCAGCACCUGGAAGUUGCCUUUCCUGAACCGCUACGUCUACCUCUUCAUUGCACCUCUUGCAGUGCCCAUCAUAACCCCUCUGGUUGCUCUUGAUUUGUUGAGGAACGUGGAGUGGAAAGCAGCUCUCCGGACCCUCUGCUGCAUGGUUCUGGGUCUCUACUGCCAUUACUGGCUGCUGCUCCAUGUCUCAGGCUUCCAGUCACCAUGGUCCAUCCUGCUCUGCAUGCUGCUCACCCGCUCCCUCCUGGCCCAUCCCUACAUCCAUGUCAACAUAUUCCAGCACAUUGGCCUGCCCAUGUUCGCUCCCGAUCGGAAACCCACACGGAUUCACCUGAUGAGCCUGGGGGUCCUCAACCUCCCCCGCAACCCCCUGCUCGACUGGUCCUUUGGCCACUCACUCAUCAGCUGCCACGUGGAGCAUCACCUCUUCCCCAGCCUCUCCGACAACAUGUGCCUGAAGAUCAAACCCGUUGUGUCCCAGUACCUGAAGCAGAAGAAGCUGCCAUACAAUGAGGACACCUACACCUCCAGGCUCCAGCUCUUCCUCCAGAGAUACGAGGAGCUGAUGGUCCAUGCUCCCCCCAUAACAGAGCUGGUGGGCAUCCAGUGAGGACAAAACCCCCAGGCUCAGGGGGCUGCUCCCCAUGGGGACUUGUGGCAGGGAUGGUUGGAGCAGGAUGGGGACUCUGCAGACUCGUGCCUGGGAUCAUCUCUCUCCAGCACCUUCCUUUUGGCUUGAUAAUUAUGCACAGAACCACCACGGAGGAGAUCCGGGCAGCACAAUGCCAUGGAUGGAAAAGGGGGAUCCCCAACCCCCAUAUUCCCAGCCAUGUCUUGGUUUUAUCCACUCUGCUUCCACGCUUGGGGAGGGGAAACCCCAGUCUGCUGUGGGACCUCCCUGCAGCAGGGCUGGGGGGAUGCAGCUCUGUGUCCAGAGCAUCCAGAGCCAGUUCCUGGCUGAAAGCUACUGGGAUCUGCAGGAUGAGGCUGCAAAUAUUGGCUCAGGGAAGGGACGUGGCUGUGUCACUGCUGCCUGUGCUUUGCCUGGCUUGGGGGUAGAUCAAUCCCUUCUAGGAACAAUGAUUUGGUAAUUUCA